CACAAAUAAACGAAUGUUUUCAACUGAUUUAAAUUGUUAUAUCAUGUGGCUCUGUAAAUGUUUAUUUUUGUAGCCGAUCAUUUUUAUUGAUAUGAAUUAGAUUGACGAGUAGUGACUAAAACUUGUAAAGCACAACUGAUGUUAUCCACAUUUGGAGUGUUCUUAUUUCUAGUCAAAGUAUCUUCAUCGAUUAUUCUUAAUCUUAAUCUAACAACCAGUGGAUAUUACGAUAUCAAUUUAAAUUUUUUCCGAUGGCUUCAGAGUGCCCCUACAUAUUUCAUAGUGGAUGGGACACGGUACAACUUAAGUGAUAAAUCGUUAUAUAGCAACGCAAGUUAUGGUGGGAAUGGUGUCGAUGAAUUUGGAUUUUAUCAAUCAAUGAGAUAUCGAUACUAUGUCGGAAAGACGAUAAUCGAUUGUUCUAUAAAUACCUACGAUACCGGAAACCAUAUUGUGUUUGAGCAGAGAUUUGUAACCGGAGUUACAAACUCUAGGCCACAGUCAUGUUCUGGAGAUUUGCAUUGUUAUCAACAAACAACAGGAACCUUUCCAUCAUUCUAUAUAAAGAAAGGUCAAGUUAAAAACCUUGGUUACCUGAACUUUGGAGGAAGCAUGCUUGGUAACAGUGAACUACAAACUGGGCAAUGGGAUAAGACAACAGCAAACCUUACAGAUGGAAUGGGAGGCGGACCGAUUGCCAUCUUUGAUGAAAGUGGGAAUACAGUUAUUAUAUCACCGUUGGAUAAUUUCAUGAGUUCAUCGUUCUGGCAUGAAGACUAUCCUGGAGGACGCGUCAAUUUUGGUGUAAUGGGUGGGGCUAAAUCUAUUCCAGCCAAUUACAGACAACGAUUUAUAUUACUUGCUUCGAGUUCUAUCAAUCAGGCAUUUCAAGACCUUGGCAAAGCACUUAGAAAAGUGUCUGGUGCAGCACCCAAGAAAGACUUCUAUCGUCAAAAUGAUGUAACCCUGAAAUAUUUAGGUUAUUGGACUGAUAAUGGUGCAUACUACUAUUACAACACUGAAGCCAAUAAAACAUACGAACAAACAAUGAAAGACAUAUUUGAUUAUGCACAACACGAAAAGAUACCAUACAGAUAUUUGCAGUUAGAUUCCUGGUGGUAUUACAGAGGAUCUGGAAAUGGUGUAAAAGAAUGGACAGCUAGACCUGAAGUCUUCCCACAUGGAAUUGAAUCUGUUCAACAGUAUACUGGAUGGCCAAUGGGAGCACAUAAUAGAUAUUGGGCAGUUGAUAAUGUGUACGCAAGACAGAAUGGAGGAAAAUAUAAUUUUGUGAUGGCCCCCUUAGUGGCUGUUCCUAACGAUACUAGUGUUUGGUAUGAUUUGAUGAAAAAUGCUACCAGCUGGGGCCUCAAAAUGUAUGAACAGGAUUGGUUGAACGUUGAGACAUUAUUAUCGAAUGACCUGGCGGAAGAUUUAUUUUUGGGAGAAAGAUGGUUGACAGAAAUGGGAAACGCAGCACAAUACAACAAUAUUACUAUCCAGUAUUGUAUGUCAUUGCCUCGACAUGGAUUGAUGAGCACCAAAAUUCCAGUCGUUACACAGGCACGUGCUAGUGAGGAUUAUCAUGUUAAAGAAGAUCAGUGGAAAAUAGGUGUAUCGUCUUUGUUUGCAUAUGCACUUGGAUUGGCUCCAUCGAAAGAUACUUUCUGGACUACAACUGUACAGAACGGCAACCCAAAAUACCCAAAGAAACAAGAACUAUGGCCUGCUUUACAAACCGUAGUUGCUACAUUGAGUAUGGGUCCAGUUGGUCCGGGUGACAUGAUAGGAGCUACUAACAAAGAUCUUUUAAUGCGAUGCUGUAACAUGGAAGGUUUAAUACUGAAGCCAUCUAAGCCAGCAACGGCCAUGGAUAUUCAAAUUAUAAAGGCAGCAUUUCCAGACUUCGAUGGACCAGAUGGUCAAGUUUGGACCUCCUUAUCAGAGAUAUAUGGUGACAAAACUACUAAAUUUGGUAUAAUAUUAGCUGCUAAUAUGUCUAAACCGUACAAACUCAGAGCAUACCAAACAGAAUUCCCGUAUCAAUUUUACGACAGUAUAGUAUUUCCAUACAACAAACCUGAAGCAGGAAUGCCUUUCAAUGGUAAAUCACCACUCAAUCUCAACGGAUGUACUAGUGAUCAAUUCUGUUUGCUUUACCUAUCACCAAUAAUAAAUGUAGGACAACAUACCAUUGCGAUAUAUGGUGAACAUGACAAAUUUGUUCCAAUGUCUCCACAACGAGUAACAGAUGUUAUAUAUACCGAGGACGAUAUGGUUCUCCAAUUGGUUGGUGUACCAUCUGAAAAGGUUAUCGUAUCGUAUCUGUUGGACGGAGUGCAGAAAAAUGUCACUACAGUCUUCAGUACUUCUCGAACAGCCCAAAUUAGCCUCAUAUUAGGAAAAACUACACAUGUGACACCUGGGCACCAAAGGCCAUUAGCAGGACCUUUUAAUGGAUUUGGAAAGAGAGGCGUAUGAUUGUUGAAAUAAAUAUCGAAAUAGAAAAUCAUGAACAAAUUAAA